GUUCAAGCCAUGGCUGGCGGUUGUUUGUAAAAUGCCAUGCGUUCACCGUGGCUACCUCUUGUUAUGGCUGCAUUUGGUUGUGGCCAUUCGGCCACAAACUGACAGCCCAUUGAAGCCCGGAGCUCCGAGCGCUGCAUCCGACGCCGGCGUUGCCGGCGCGCUCUUCUUCUCGGCCGUCGAUGCGCAGUUCAGGGACAUAGUGAAGCAGAAUGCUUUGCACCUUCAGGCCUCAGGCUUGGUGGACGUAUUCCUAGCGCAUCCACGACAGGACGUGGAAGAUUGGCAGAGAGAGUUCUGGUACAAGCAGACGGUGAAGUACAGUGUUUCGUACAAGGAGACGAAGUGGGGCUUCGUCCUGAACGAACUCGUCAAGCAACAGACGUUUCGACUCAAUGGAUACUCCUGGUACUGGAUUUCAGACGAAGAUGUUGAUCUGACUCAUUUGAAUCUCAGAAGAUACUUGGCUUUGGCCAUGGAGUCGGGUGCCAGCAUUGUUCAGCCAGCCGUGGCGUUUGACACCCAGGGCAUCCCGCAGAAUGACGUUGUGAUGGCCUACGACCGCGUGAAGCUGCCCGAUGGAUCCUAUGGCCGCAGCCUCUAUCGCUAUAGCGAGCUGGUGGAGGCUCAGAGUCCGAUGUUCACAGCUGAGUCCCUGCGCACUGCCUGGAAACUGUACCUGCCAGGCCUGGGCAGCGGCGAUGGCAUGGACUUGGUGUGGUGCCGCUUUGUGGCGUCGAAACUCCAGCGUUCGGUGGAACAGGGCUGUGCCAUCAUAGAUGCGGAGCACAUGUACAAGCUUCCGAACAUCCGAAACUACAACCUGGAGAACUCUAUGGCCGUGGAAGAGGUCAUUGUCAGUCAACACCGGGAGUACCUGCAGAGGACUUUGGACAAGUCCGGCAAACUGCGAGAAGGCCUACAGCAGCUGUGCCGAACGGACCACGGUUCCCAGCUGGUGCACUUAAGACUUCGACCGCAGCACUAUGAGGCCAUUCUCUUGCUGAGAGCCUUCGUGAGAUGCAAGCAGUACAGUCUGCAAGCAGUCUGCCACAUUGAUCUCUCAGUGAUUCUGGCUACGCUGCUCUGGCUGCUUCUGGAAGCUCUACUUUUCAUCAGCAUUCCCGUCUUGUUGUGGUAUACCUUCAAGUACCUGUGGUCGCGGGCGCGCAAUGUGAAAGACGCGCCCUUUUCAAGGCGAGUACGAAUUCCUUACCGACAUCAAGUACUUUCAGAUGCAAACUAGAUAAUAAAA